CCAAUAUGGCCCCAGAAAAACAACAUUUAAAUGUCCGUAAAGAAACGCGUAUUUCUCCACGUACAUUUGAGGUUGGAUAAACCUUUUUGGUUUUUUCAAAGGUUUGAGGAUUAUAGUGUUUUAAUAUUAUAAAAAUGGACGAAAGGCAUUGGUGGUUUGCGACAAAAUUGCAAGAGACAUUUCACAUCGGAGCCCAAGACAGCCCGACCAUGCUCGAAGACUUUAUGGCAGAGCAGUCAACUUUGGACUACAUAAACGACUUUCUAGCUGUUGGCGGACACACAAAGCUGUUCUUUUAUUGUCCAAAGUCUAGUCAAGAAACUCUUGUGGCUAGGAAAAUGUCCGUCACAAACACAACAGCAAAACUUCGCGAGGUUUUAAAUGAGGAGUCUAUUUGCUUGUACUUUUUACGGUCCGAAGCAGACCACGCUAUCGAAUCUAACCGUGUCGAAAAGGAAGUCUUUUGUGGCGAAAUCAAAGAAACUCCUUUGUUGACGCUUAAUUUGCUGAUAAGCGAUAUCUUUGCGCCAAUUUUGCGUGCCCAAAAGAAGUGGAAUUGCAGUGAAGAAAGUGUGGCACAGUUUUUGACACAAUUUGAAAAACUUGCAUCCACUUUGAAUGAGUUUGCUACAGCAUCAGUAGCACCCCAGCCGAUACUCAAACGUGCUGAAAUGCAAGUGAGCAAUGAUUUCAAGCAGAAUCGGGCGGCAGCAAUAAAUCCUAUGGUAUUGUCGGAGUACGAGGCGUUGGUGACCGACUGGAUGCGUACCAUUGAAGGAAUACUGUGCGAUGGUCUGGAUGAUAGAGCAUUUGAUGGGAUGCGUGGACCAAUGACAGAAUCUGACAUAUGGCAUCGACGUCAGAAACAUUUGAUUGGCAUCACAGAACAGUUAAAAACUAAGGAAUGUAAGGGAGUCAUAGCUAUUCUUAUCACCGGCAAGUCUAAAAUUCUCAAGAAAUGGAAACUAAUUGAUACAAGUAUUACAGAUGCAUUUAAUGAGACGAAGGACAAAGUGAAGUACUUGGAUACCCUAAAGAGAUAUUUGGAACAAUUAUAUCUACCAAAUAUCACCAUUGCAACACUGUCGAAUACCGUAUUGCCAGGACUGAUGGCAACAGUACGACAGAUGGAUGCAAUAUCAAGAUAUUAUGCUCGGACUGGCUAUCUUGGAGUACUGUUCACCAAGGUCACCAACCAGCUGGUGCAUGCAUUGCGUCAGUAUGUGAACAUAUCAAUCACCCAGGGCGAAGAGGACAGGUUAUGGCAAGUGGUUGAACAAGAAGUGAAAAAUUUAGACAAUGGUCAGUCUGCACUCACAUAUAAGACCAAAAGCAAGAAAAAACAGGGUGGAGCUGAGGUGAAACAUGGCACACAAGAUGACAAUUUCUCAGCUCGUCUCAAUUCGUGUUUGCUAAUUCAGAAGCAGUACCGUGACAUGAUAAGGACCUUGCGCGACAGCUUCGGUGCCACAAACUCGCAUUCAACCACAACUCUUGUUGGUAUACCAACAGCCCCCCAAACGCUGUGAAACGUUCCUUCCUCCAUCCUGGU